CACGAAGUAUGAAGUCAGAGAGUGAGAGAGAGGCACAGUAGACUGCUGCCACUCAGUCAGGAAGCGCCGAGGCGCCAACGCGCCAGGUACGCGGUGUUUCCCGCAGUUCGUCGUUCGUCUGCAAUUGUGAAUCUCUCCCCAGUUCGUUGUUCGCCCGCAAUUGUGAUGUCUCCGGCAGCCUCGUUCCAAAACUCAGAUAAUUAUUUUCAUUCUUAAGCUUCGGAUCCAAGGCAGAUUAUGCUACAUUUCUACUGCGUUUUUUGCACUUCUUAGAGAUUUCCAGCCUCUGUUCUACAUUGGCUGGUGUUUGAAUUUGAGAGUACCGAGUUGCGUUUGAGCCUUUCUUUCCCUUCUUGCGGUACAAAUCCGAGUUUCUGAUUGUUUUAGAAGGGAAAGAAAGAGAAUUUUCAAACGAAAUUGCUGUUGUUUGCCUUCGCCGAAUUGUUUAUCGCACGAAUUCCAACAUGACUUCGGUCUCCGGUGUAGUUUCGCGUCAAGUUUUGCCCGCUUGUGGCAAUCUUUGUUUUUUCUGCCCAUCACUGCGGGCAAGGUCGAGACAGCCUGUGAAGAGGUACAAGAAGCUGAUUGCUGACAUUUUCCCUCGUAACCAGGAGGAGGGGCCAAACGACAGGAAAAUAGGAAAACUAUGUGAGUAUGCUGCGAAAAAUCCUUUACGCAUCCCAAAGAUUACAAAUGCCCUUGAACGAAAGUGUUACAAGGAACUACGUAUUGAGAAUUUCCAAGCGACAAAAAUAGUCAUGUGCAUUUACCAGAAAUUGCUGCUUUCCUGUAAAGAGCAAAUGCCAUUAUUUGCAAGUAGCUUGCUAAAUAUUAUUCACACUUUGCUGGAUCAAACACGGCAAGAUGAGAUAAGAAUUAUAGGAUGUCAUACUCUCUUUGAUUUUGUAAAUAAUCAGAUUGAUGGAACUUACCUGUUCAAUUUAGAAGGUUUUAUCCUGAAACUAUGUCAACUAGCUCAAGAGGUAGGAGAUGAUGACAGGGGAAGAAAUUUACGUUCAGCUGGUUUGCAAGUCCUCUCAUCAAUGGUUUGGUUCAUGGGUGAACACUCCCACAUAUCAGUUGAGUUUGAUAAUCAGAUUGUUUCUGUUGUCUUGGAAAAUUAUCAAUGUCACGAGAAAUCUUCAGAAAGUCUUGAUCCUGAGCAACAUGGUCCUAAGGAUAUGUGGGUUCAAGAAGUGAUGAAAAAUGAUGGUCGUGAUUCUGCUUUGCCAGAUGUCAAAAUGAAAAUUUCAUCCUGGAGUGAAAUAGUGGAUGAUAAAGGCAAAAUAAAUGUGAAAAAGGAAGAUGCCAAUAAUCCAUGCUUUUGGUCUGGGGUUUGUCUGAGCAAUAUGGCCAACUUAGCCAAAGAAGGCACUACUGUACGUCGUGUAAUGGAAUCUUUAUUCCGAUACUGUGAUAAUGGAAAUUUAUGGUCCAUUGUACAUGGCAUUGCCUUCUCCGUUUUAAAGGAUGUGCUACUUAUAAUGGACAAUAUGGGGAAAAAUUCACAUGUUUUACUGUCAAUGUUAAUUAGGCAUCUGGAUAAUAAAGUUGUCCUUAAACAGCCCUUCUUACAGUUAGACAUUGUGGAGGUGACCUCUUCACUUGCAAAACAUGCAAAGGCUCAACCGUCUGUAGCAAUAGUAGGUGCAUUGAGUGACCUAAUGAGGCAUUUGCGGAAGAGCAUACAGUACUCGUUUGAGACAAAUAUAGAUGCUGACACAAUCAAUUGGAACAAGAAGUUCCGAGAAGCUGUGGAUGAAUGCCUUGUACAGUUAUCAAUCAAAGUUGGAGAAGCUGGGCCAAUUCUUGAAGUUAUGGGUGUGAUGUUAGAGAAUAUCUCAACUAUAACAGCAAUAUCCAGAACCACAAUCUCUGCUGUUUAUCAAACUGCCCAAAUUGUAGCCUCCUUACCAAAUUUGUUCUAUCACAACAAGGGUUUCCCUGAGACAUUGUUUCAUCAACUAGUCCUGGCUAUGGUCCACCCAGAUCAAGAAACACGAGUGGGGGCUCAUCGCAUCUUUUCUGUGGUUCUUGUACCAACAUCAGUUUUCCCCCGCCCAUGCUCAGCUGUUUCUUACUCUAAGAAGGCAUUGGUGGUUCCACGAACUAUCUCAAGAACAGUUUCUGUUUUUUCUUCUUCUGCUGCCUUGUUUGAAAAGCUGAGACAGGAGAAAUUUUCCUCUAGAGAAAAUCUUUGUUUAGAUGACAAAGACAUUAUUGCAGAAGAGGAGCAAACAGCUAACAACAAUACUGGGAUCAUGGGCAGGUUGAAAUCAACCUACAGUCGAGUGUACAACUCUGCAAGAGAUGAGAAUUCUGGAAACAAUGCCAACAUGAACUUGGAGGCCGUUUCCCUCAGGCUGAGCAGUCAUCAGGUAAACCUCUUGCUGUCAUCAAUUUGGGCGCAGUCCAUCUCUCCUGGAAAUAUGCCUGAAAAUUAUGAAGCCAUUGCUCAUACAUACAGUUUGGUAUUGCUCUUUUCUAGAGAUAAGAAUUCUUUUCAUGAGAUACUGGUGCGGAGUUUCCAGCUGGCAUUUUCUUUGUGGAAUCUUUCUCUAAAGGAUAGAGAGAUGCUGCAAGCAUCACAACGAAGAUCAAUAUUUACUUUGGCAAUUGCAAUGAUCCUGUUUUCUUCAAAAUCGUACGAUCUUGCUCCUGUUGUGCACAGUGCCAAGGCUGUGCUUACUGAGAAAAAUGACCUCUUAUCAGGGAAGAUGAUUGGAAGUGCCAAGGAGCAUAAUAGUCUCUACUAUCUAGAAGAAUCAACCGUUGACCCUUUCCUUCAUAUGGUUGGAGAUCACAAAUUGCAGGCUGUCAGCUCUGAGCCUGGCAAUCUCAUGACCAUCAAUUAUGGAUCUAAAGAAGACAAUGAUAGGGCUCUAAACACACUUGCAGAAUUGUCGACAACCAAGCACCAAACUCAGGACUUCUUUGCUUCUGAAAUUGUCAAGAGCUUGGAAAGUUUGUCAGAAUCUUUUGCACAGACUGCAUUUUCCUCAAUAAGAGAGCAGCUGCGGGAAGAAUUUUCACCUGAUGAUUUGUGUCAAUUCGGAUCCCAAUUGACAGUUGGUUUGCCAAAAGAGGAAGCUUCAAAAUUAUCCACGGACGAUGACUUGAUUCCUGACUUAUUUGAUAAUCAAAUAAUGCACAAUUUGGAAUUGGCUGCGGAAGUCCCAAGUCUUUUGAGUGCUAGUCAACUUCUAGAAUCAGUUUUGGAAACGCCUGAACAAGUUGAGAGAAUUUCUGAAUCGGCUGCUGGUGAUGUGCCAUAUAAGGAUAUGGCUCAUAACUGUGAGGCACUUCUGAUGGGAAAGCAGUACAUGUCCAACUUGAUGAGUCCCCACCAAAAGCAAGAUUGUUUGGUGGACUUCCCUUCAGAAAAUCUUGAGAAGCAACUGACAAGCGUGGACUUCUUGUCCAAUUUGGAUAUGAGUUCCCAGAAGGUUGACAACUCAUUCUUUGGCAAGAAUUUGAGUGCGGACUCACACAUACCUACUCCACCGCCGUGUACAGCCGAUUAUCAGAACCGUCCUCACUCCUUCCAUCUGCCGGCAUCAAGUCCAUAUGACAACUUUUUAAAGGCUGCUGGUUGUUGAUCCUGGAAUUAUACUAGAAACUACAUCCUGGGCAGGUUAAGGUUAGACGAGAAAGCAUGUUCAAUUGGGCAGUUGAUCGGCCAAUUAUAAGGCGUCUGAGCAGUCUGGAAUUGGUGGGCUCAAGAUCCAGCUAUCUCUGAUAAUUGUGGAGCGUUGUUCCAAAUUUUCGCCUCUCAUUCUUUAUUGUUUUUUAUUCUUCUGCUCGUAGCUCAAAGGCUUUCCUGCGUCCUUGUGCACUGCUGCCUCCAAGCCUAUUUAUGAGGAACAUUUUAUAGGUAAAUUUUAACUAUACAUGGUUUCUUAUAAAUAGGUCGGUUGUAAUUUAUUGGCUUUCUUGCUUGGAUCAUAACAGAAACUGCAGGGUUUUUGACAACUUCAGUUUUUCACAAGAAUUUAGCAGUCAUGCGCCUUUCAAGUUA